AUGAGUUGGCUACAGGCGCAUGACGUGGCCAUCCCCUCCUACGAAGUCCGCGCAGGCAAACAGGUGUUCGUGAUUCAGCUGAAGGACCGCCCUGUUCGACAUGACAAGAUCAAGGCGCCACUUGGAUCGAGUAUCCCGAGCAGGAGCGCUCGACAGAUUUCUCCAGAAGACGACAAACAGGUCAACAGUAUGACGGUCAAGACGUCCAACGUCCACAUCACAGCGACGCGGUCGUAUUCUCAAUUCCGCAAGCUCUGGAAAGACUUGACGCUUGCCACGAAAACACCUUCGAGUGCAUCACUGUCACGCUUCAAUAGUACCGGGCCAGGCCACGUCGACCGCUCGUCGCAGCGCGUGCUCGCAACCGCUUUUGAUUCUCGAUCAGUUGCUGGUGGCGGCAAAUUCGCGACGUCCUGCCGCUGCCGUAGCUGGAAUUGUACAUUUCGCAGCUUCCACCACUUUCUCAAGAGCUACCCGUUCCCGUCAAAGUUCCAGAUCAAGCGCAACACACCGUCCGUGCUGGAAAGUCGACGCCAAAAGCUGGAGUUGUUUAUUACGACUCUGCGAGGGCUCUUUGACACGUUCCCCCAUUCAUUUCUACAAAGCAUUGAUGAGCUCGACAAUUGUCAGGUGCUGAUAUCCUUGAGCGCUUUCUUUGGUUUCGACCAAAAGAGACGUGUAAAUUUGGGACCGCGACCACCACUGCAGCUCUCAGCUGACGGCCGAUCUACUGCCAUAGCUCAAUGCAGAAGACCUGAUAGCGCGGUGAGCAUAAGCACCGCGUUCUUCAGUGCUAGGAGUCAUGAUGACGACAGCACAUGGAGUACAUGCAGCUUCAUCGGCAACGAAUGUGACAGCCAAACACAAGCGUCAUCAGCAGAAAACGAGUCCUUGUAUGAUGUUGGCAUUGGACACCACCAUCGGAAGAGGGGGUCCAACUGCAAUCAUUCCCAAAGCGUCAACUCCAACUUCGACCGUCAAGGGGCUCGGAAGAAUUCUAUGUCGUCGGUCAAACCACAUGGCAAUGAUGACGAAGAGAACUCUGUUACGACGGGCCGAACGUUCACCAGGAACUCAACGUCCUCUCAUCGUGCUAAUCGCACUGCGAAUCCUGCCGAUUUUUGGUCUCGAUACAACUGCGGCGUUGACAUCCGACGCCAUACUGAUUUCCUGGCACGCAAUCCAGUCAUAACGACGCGUCGUGGUGUUGCUACUUUUGACACCAAGGCGCCGCAGACCUUGCUGCUGGGACUUCCAAAAGUAGUGCUUCGAAGUGAAGAAGCUUCGAUGUGCUCAUUUCUGGAGAAAUUUAGAGAGCACCUUUUGAUGGACCCACGAGCCCUCGGAAGCCCCACCGUACCGAUGGGAAACUGGCACGAGGAUCGCCAAUGGGAGCUGGCGCUAUUUGUGGCGAGUCAAAUUGGUCACGCGCAUGCCGUAGAAUCUAUUUUGUACCGCGGCACGGAUCCAAACGCAGUGAUGGAGAAUGGCCAUACGAGCUUACAAGUCGCGUGUCGCGGUGGGCAUCGUAGCAUCGUGGCAAUGUUACUGACGCACGGGGCUGACACGAACAUCACGGACCAAAAUGGUGUGUCGCCCUUGCUCUCCGCCGUCCAGUUGGGAGACCUGGAGAUCAUGGAAAUGCUGCUGGAAUACGAAGCGAAUGUCAAUCUGCGCAACGCUGAUAAUGUAUCGACGGUGCACGUGGCCGUUGCAUGCCAGACGCUACCCGUGCUUCGGCUAUUGCUGGAGCACGAUGCCUUUGUAAACACAAGGAAUGAUUUCAACGGCAAGACGCCGCUGCACCUGGCCGCUCAAUUUGGCAAUCUACCAAUGUGCAAGCUGCUACUGAACCACGGAGCUAGUAUUCAUCCCAAGACAGCGCGUGGGUUAGACGUCGUGGAUCUUGCGAACUCGCAUGGCCACGAGAACAUCGCGAGAUAUUGUAUCAGCUUUGCUCACAGCCAGAUCAACAAUCAUCGAGGAACGAAUUCGAUGAAGCAAACGGCUGCGGGUGAUUCCACUGCAGAGUUCUCACAUGAAGUGAAAAUUGUGUCGGAAGAUGGUCGCGCGUACGCUGUCCUGUAA